GGGCACAGCAGCACCGCCCAGCCGGGGCUCGGUGCUCUCCAGCCUCCCUCGGCUCCCCCGCGUCGUGGCCCGGCGGGACAGCCGCGGAGCCGCCGCCAUCAGAAGAGGCGCCGCUGCGGAGAACUCACGGGGAGCCUGUUCGGGACGGCGGCUUUACCUCAGGGCAUGGCGCGCCCCUGGAAGCGAUGGCGUGGGGGGAAACCCCAAACCCCCGCGGGCUUUUUCCCGGAAGAAGAUUCAGAACAUCUCAAUGCAGCAUUUGCUUCAAUUGUGAACUUGAUGAAUGAAGCCACAAAGGAAUGCGAGAAGUACUAUAGCUUUGUGGCAGCCUCUAAAUGCAAAGAGCAUGAAAUCAAACACAUCUGCAGAUACCAUGGCAGGCAAGCAGGGGAAAAAGAGCUGGAGUCCUCCAAAGAAGUGAGGACUGAAGCCUCUGUAGCACCCAGUCGAGCUCAAACUUGCCAGCAACGUACCAGACAAGCUUCCAAAGACAUCUACAUUGAAGUUUCUCCUGGCACUUACUCUGUCACCGCAACCUCAGAGGACAUGGUGGAACAAACACACGUGGUAGAUGUCAACGCUGGACAAAGUGUUGAUUUAACCUUUGUUCUAUGAUGUUUGUUGUUUCUUGGCAAUCACAAGAAUAAAAUAUGAGACUGUUUUUAUGCAUGUAAUGAACUAUGUAUAUCUUUCUAGCACUUUAAUAGUAUUCUUCUCUUUGGGACUCCAUUUUUAUGGCCUGUAUAUUUGUUUUAUACUUAAAGCAAUUAUAUGCAGCCGACUUUGUACACCGAUGUUAUAAAUAUUUGUACAUUGUGUGCCUUAAAUCCAAUUAUGUGACUAUGUAAUUCAAGGUUCUUAUGCUUUAAACAAUUAAAGAUAGAAUCAAUGGAAUAAAAUACAUAAUUUAGUCA